AUGGACCCCCGUCCAGGCAUUGAUUCCCGUGCAGACAGCUCUGUUAUGCUUCCCAGCGGUCAGUUAGUUUGUGGCCCGCAUCGACUGGUCGUCUGCAGCCUCUGCCAUGAGGACCACAUCCUCCCCGAACAAACCUCCCUCCGCAGAAAUGGCUUGAGUAACGCUCCUAUCAGAUGCCUUGGCUACAGACCGACCGCCAAGCUUAUCCUCCCAGAAACCUUCGUUCCACCAAAUCAAGAAGAUACCCCGGAGACACUGUUCAAGGCUCAGCACGUUAGCAUGAGUCCGCCCAUAGUCCGAAAUGUGCGCCAAUCCAUCAAUGAACAGCACCUGAUCUACAUAGCCGGUGUGUGCCCAGGAAAUGGCCAAACAAACCCGAAAGCAGGCUGCGCAUACGUGUUUGCUCCUGUGUUGAAGAGAAUCGUCCGACCUUACGCAUAUGUCUCCUUCCGACUGGAGAACAAAGGUCCGACUGGAGAGUACCAUUCACAAACUAAGGAGCGUGCGGAUCUUCGUGCCGUGAUUGGUGCGUUGAGAUUCCGGUGCUGGAAGGGAAUGGAGAAUUGUUCUAGUCUCGUCAUCGCAACCGAUUCCACUUACGUGGUUGAGGGCAUCACGUCCUGGGUUAUCGACUGGUUGAACAAUGGGUGGACAACUCAAGCGAAUACCCCGGUAAAGAAUCAAGACCUCUGGAAAUAUCUUCUCAUGGAACUGGAAAACUGCUGGCUGGCGAGCGGAAUGCGUGUUCAGCUCUGGCACAUCAGCACAGUAGACAACUGGGUGGCCAACCGCGUGGCCAAAGAAGCUGUGAAUGAGCGUGGGGAAACUGAUUUCAUUCAUGAUAUUGGUCCGCUUUCGGAACUUUAA